AAAAGAAGUCACAGCAGCAUCAGCAGGGCGGGGAGGGACGGUGACCUUAUAGCCUCCAGCCUGGCACCAGGACAGGCUUUAAUCAGCCGAGCCUGCCGAGACAAUCUCUAACAUAGUAGCUAUAAAAUCUGACCGUUGUGGUUCCUCGGCUGGUCUGUAGCAGUUAGCAGCAGUCUUUUAGCCAUGAGCAAGGACAAGCAGAGCAAGCAGAGCAAGCAGGUGCCGGAGUGCACUGGACCUCUGUCCCCGUCCAAAGGCCAGAAACCCCCCAGGAUGCCCAAGUGCUCCCGCUGCAGGAACCACGGCUACGUGUCUCCUCUGAAGGGCCACAAGCGCUUCUGCAACUGGAGGGACUGCCAGUGUGCCAAAUGCAAACUUAUAGCUGAGAGGCAGAGAGUCAUGGCGGCCCAGGUCGCCCUGAGACGGCAGCAGGCUCAGGAAGAGGAGCUUGGGAUUUGUAGUCCUGUGGCUCUGUCCGGCCCGGAGGUGAUGGUGAAGAAUGAAGCCGGAGCGGACUGCCUGUUCUCUGUGGAGGGACGAUCCCCGACACCUACCAGCACCUCCACCUCUUCUCUUGCUGUCACAGGGAGUCGCUCGACAUUGUCCGCCAGCCCGACGGCCGGCGCCAGGGCUCACACUGACGGACAGUCAGACCUGCUGUUGGAAACCUCCUACUACAACUUAUACCAGCCUUCCCGCUACCCCACCUACUACGGCAACCUCUACAACUACCAGCAAUACCAGCAGAUGCCUCAUGGCGACAGCCGCCUGUCUGGCCACAACGUGUCCUCUCAGUACCGCAUGCACUCCUACUACCCAACAGCCACCUACCUGGGCUCCACCACCUGUGUGCCACCGCUCUUCACCCUGGAGGACAACAACAACAACUGCUCCGAGACAAUGGCAGCCUCCUUCUCACCCAGCAGCAUCGCCACCGGCCACGACUCCAUGAGCUGCCGGUCCAUCAGCUCCCUGGUUAACUCCGACGUCAAAGCUGAAUGUGAGGCCAGCAGCGAGACGCCCAACUUCACCGUCAACUCUAUCAUCGAUGGCGAUGCCGCCAAAUAAAGAAGCUAAGGAUAACACGA